GCAGCCUGCCUGGAGCUGUGGUGUGUGUGUGUGUGAAUUAACAUGGAGGGAUUUGGAUAGUUACAUCAACUCACCUCCAAGGAAUGGCUGAGACACUCUUUGUGUGCUUUUACUAUUCCAUAUGGCUGCUCGCCAUUUCUUCAGGUAUCCCUGGACUGGUUUAUGACAGCCAAGAAUAUAAUCUGCUACCUCCAUUGCUGAAGGAGCUGUCAGAGCGCACAGGUUGGAGGGAAGGAACACCAGGCCCCCAGUCAGUAGCCAUCAAGUAUAUGAAGAGGCUCUACAAAAUGUCAGCAACCAAGGAGGGAUUUCCCCGGAUUCACAAAAAUGCAGAAUAUAAUACAGUCCGGCUAAUUCCUCCAAAGACAGAGUGCAAGCCAGGAGCCAAGAUGCAGAUUAAGGGACACUUGAAUUCCCUGGAUUUGACUUUCAAUGCUGACAGUGUCUCUGCUUUGGAGCAAAAUCUUCAGUCUAUCUUGCUUUACUCCAUUAAUAAACAAUACUCUUCUUUCAACAUGACCUGCACGUGUUACUUGGAGAUCCUUGAUGAUCAACUUGCAAGUUCAGUCUGUCCUAAAUUACCCCAUACAUUCGAAUUGCAGCUCCAGAAUAGACAAAGGUGGGUUGAGAUUGAUGUUACCUCUUUCCUUCAACCAUUUGUUUCCAACCGACAUAAGAUUCAUUUGUCCUUUAACCUCACUUGUCUGAGGAACAAUCGGCACUACAGUGUUGGAAGUAAUAGACCUUUGCAAAUGAUUCGAUCCUUGCCAUAUCUGCUGUUGUAUUUAAAUGACACAAGCAAUAAAGCGUACCACCGGAGCAAAAUUCAUGUGGAGGCUUCUAAUUGGUCUCAAGGAAAACAUAUUAUUUCCAACUUUAAUGGUCUGAGAGAGAACCUGCGUGUACAUAGAUCUCGUAGAGGUCAAGACAUUAAAGAGGAGGACACAACUACUGGACCUGUCUCCUAUAAUUUCAGUGCGCUUUUCAAGCAAUUCACGUACCAUCAAAAUGAAUGUGAACUUCAUCAAUUUCGACUUAGUUUCAGCCAGCUGAACUGGGAUAAAUGGAUCAUUGCUCCACAUCGGUACAAUCCAAAUUACUGUAAAGGAGAUUGCCCUAGGGUUGUUGGUCAUAAAUAUGGUUCCAUAGUGCACACCAUGGUUCAGAAUAUAAUCUACGAAAAACUGGACUCCUCCGUUCCUCGUCCAUCUUGUGUCCCAUCGGAGUACCGUCCCAUGAGUGUUCUUACCAUCGAACCGGAUAAUUCUAUUGCUUACAAAGAAUAUCAAGAUAUGAUUGCAACCAAAUGUACCUGCCGUUAGCUUGUCCUCAAUCAGCCCUUGUUCGUGUACCCAACUAAAAAUUAUGUCGGUCAUCAGGCUUCAUGGUAACAUAGGCACCAGUGUUUCCUGAUGAUGACCAUAUAAUUACAUCCACCACACAGAGAAACAUUAAUAUGCUACAGAAUACACUCUCAUUAACAUAUCCAUGUCUCUUUGUGGGUGUAAUUCUAUCCACUGCUUCAUAUUUAGAAAAAUGUGCUUAGAAUAACCUGAAAAUGAAACCUUCCACUUUCUGCCAUAGGGCCUAAACAGAGCAUUUAUUUGCAGUGAAUCAACCUGCAAGCAUAUGUAGUGAGGAGGUUCAAAGCAAUAAGCCACGUGUUUCUCACUUUAAAAGAUAUUUUAAUGCUGCGGAGUUGUAAUUUUAAAUACCUAUAGGUCUCUAGAUGCCAAGAAGGAGGUUUUAAGAUAGCUGAAGCCACUUUUUUAAAUGUUUAGGGGUUGUUUGGUUUUGUUUUUUAUUUUAAAGAACGGAUCAAAUGGUUGUCCAAGGGACAACUGCCCUCCUUCAUCCAAGGUACCUGAGAACAAAGUUGUCUGAAGCCUAAAGACAACCUCCUAUAAGCAACACUGUAAAAAUUCUAUCUUAAGCAAAUUGUCACAAACUCUAUCUGGCGAUGUCUUCCAGAAAUGAUGCAAAACAUACGUGGCUGGAUCAUUGUAUACAAAGUGCUAGCAUUCUGCAGGAUCUUUCUGCACAAAGAUGAAAAUCAAAGUAAAAUGGUCUUUACUGUAUUUAGAUUUUUUUAUUAAACCUCUUGUUUUUGGCAUCUACAAAUGAGCAGAAUCACAUGAUGAAGAAUUCUUCAUAUGUGUAGUAAUGCUGCUUUGCACAUCUUUAUGGUCACCUUUCCAGCUAGUCCUUAUUUAGCAGAUGGUGACUCCUUGUUAACUUAAAGUCUGGUGUUCUCCUAAUGGAAAUAGCUCUCUUAACAUCUCCAUUUAGGCAUAUGAUCCUAGAUGUCUUAGUGGGGUUCCCUUCUCUUUAGCUAGAAGGGUGCUCACUGCACAUUAGUCAUUUUGUAAGUGGGUUUAUAGUUACUAGCACUUUAUUUCUUCCUAUUGCGCUGCGAUUUAAAUGACACCCUUUCUCUUAAAAUGUCUUUCAUAUAUCAGUAGAAAUAUACAUUGUAAGAGCACAUGGCUUGUUUCCUGUGAGAAGUCAGUGCUAAUCCGCUGCUCUCUGACGUUACCUGGUGUAUCUGCUGAAAUCUAACAAUCAGGCACUAAUGGCACAAUACUUAAUAUUUCACUUUUGUCUAAACAGGGAAAUACUAAGUCACUGCACACAAAAUUAAAAGGAAAAACGCAAA